UGGUGGAUGGCAAGAACCAACAAGUACACCUCCAUCAACUUCAAUCACGUUCUCGAAAAAAAUCUCUCUCCCGCCACCUCCGCCACCAACUCAACUAGACAACCUUCCUCUUCCUCUUCUUAUUCUUCGAUCGCUUCUUCAAACACUUGUAACAAAGCUCUGUUACCUUCCUCCAGAAGCCAUGGCCGCAUGCUUGUUCUUACCAAACCCACUCCCAAACCCGUGACCUCAUUGUUGCCUUCACCUCCUUCGUCGCACCAACAACUACAGACUUCGCCUUCUCAAAUUCCUGAUCCACCACGGACGGAUUCAGGUUCUGACCCCAUUUCGCUGCGACCUCUAGGACGAACCGGUACGGGUUCAGAGUCUUUCACGCCUGUUCUUGUUCCGGAGAAGGAGAAGGAAGCUAGUUCGGUUAUUGUAUCACCCAAACCGAACAAGUUUGUGCCACCGCAUCUUAGGCCGGGUUUUGCGGGCAAGGAGGAGAGGCCCACGCCGGAGGUUGUGCGGGCGAGGGAGUCGGGUCAAAAGCAUUUUGGAUCUCCAGGUCGGUAUGUUGAUGAUGGGCGGCCCAAGUCAGGUGGAUAUGAGAGGACGAGGAGAGGUGGCGAGUCGGAUCUGGGUUUGCUGAAUCGACCCACAUCGAGUGGGAAUCGACGUAGUUAUACUGAACCAUGGUAUUUUUUUUUUUUUUUUUGGUUGGCUUGUGUUGCAUUUGGAUUAUAUUAUUUAUUUGUAUAUCGUUUUUCAUUAAUGUUUUAUUGUUGAGAUUUCACCUUUUACUUCGUUGUUGAAUAAUAUGGGCUUUCGUGUGUGAUUGAUAAUGGUUUAUUAGAUGCUACACGAUCUUUAUAAAUUUGUAGGUUUUGUAUCUUUAGGCAUUCAUGUGUCGUUUUA